AUGCUCGCUGUUGGCGACACGAAAGAGAACCUGUGGGCAACCGUGUCUCCUUUUUCAGAGUUCAUCCGAAGGUUCAACAUUCCAGCGGUUCACGGAUCUGGCAUUUACGUCGAUCUAGGCCGUGACACGGAAGGUUACCGAGAGGUUGCCGGCAGAUGCCCCGUUUUCGGCAAAUUUAUUCAAUUGCAUCAACCAUCUGGCUACUCUAACAACUUCUUGGACGACGCCCCGACGGCUCGCGCUUCAUCCAUGAGGCCACUCCCUGGGGGUUUUAAUAGUCCGCAAGUCUACACGUCGGGCCAGAAAUUUUCACCCGUUGAAGAUGCCCUCUUGAAAAAAAAACUUGGAGCCUCGGCACCUCGAACCGCAGUCGGACGGUGCGCCUUAUACGCAUACUCAACCGCUGCCGUCAAUCCUAAAACGGGCGCCACCAGCAACUACAAGUAUCCAUUCGUCUACGACGCCGCAAGCGCAAAGUGCUACGUCCUUGCGAUCACCGCUCAAUUUCUGAAGGGUCAGAAGUAUUGCUCGGUCAACGGCUCUCCGAGUGGCCUGACCUGGGCCUGUUUCGAGCCACGGAAAGAAAGUAGCAGCGCAGGGCAGUUUGUCUACGGAUCUGCUUUUGUGGCGGAAGGCAAUCCGGAUGAAUGGCAAUCUUCUUGCCCAAAUGACGCUGUCAAAGAUGCACUCUUCGGCAAGUGGACAGGUGGCCAGUGUAUUCCGUUCGGCGCCACAAAUUCAAUAGAAGCGGAGCCGGCGUCGAAAAAGGAAGAAUGCUGGAGUAGAGUUUUUCUCAACACGAAGGUCGCAUCAGAUGCGCCAACCACGUACCCGGAGACAGCCCAAAACAGCUGGAAUGAUUUCUGGCCGGUUCAUCAGCAGUCUUCGCCGAAAUCAGGUGGCGUUGGCGCGAACUGGGCGAACUUCUACAAGGAUGAGGAAAGCGGCAAGACGCUGUGUGCAAUCUUCGAUGUGGUCCCGGACUGUUUCGUUUCCGAGGGUGGUGCUGUUGCCUACAACGCACUGGGCUCUCUAACGGAGGUCAACCUUCCCCAGUGUAACCCCGAUUCGUUUAUCCCGAUAGAAGGCCCGUGCGAGGAUUGUCUGCAGACUAUUACUACAUGCUCUCAGAACGAGCUCGUCCAAACAACGAAACGGUGCUGCAUCGACCCUGAGGUUUCACCUUCCCCACCCGAGCCUCCAGUCGAACCGCCCGAGCCUCCAGUCGAACCGCCCGAGCCUCCAGUCGAACCGCCCGAGCCUCCAGUCGAACCGCCCGAGCCUCCAGUCGAACCGCCCGAGCCUCCAGUCGAACCGCCCGAGCCUCCAGUCGAACCUCCCGAGCCUCCAGUCGAACCUCCUGAAGCCCCUAUUGAGCCUGAGCCAGAGCCAUCUGUGCCGGUGCCUCCGACAGACGAAGCUGGAAGUGGAGUUGCACCACCAGAAGAGAACGGUGGUGUCAACGCCGCAUUGAUCGCCGGCGGCAUUGUCGGCGGCCUGAUGCUCUUAGGUGUGAUUGGAGCGGGUGUAGGGAUGUAUUAUCGGAAAUCUACACACCCUGCCGCUGACCACCUUGCGCCUGAGGUGGCUGGAGGCAGGGAGGGAAGUAGGGCGAGCGAUAUCGCACUUCCUCCGGACCAGUCGUGGUGGGAUGAGGGACAGACGGACAACGAGGCACUGCUGGGUUCUAAAACCAUGGAAGCCAACUACUAA